CUCAGGCUCACUUGGCUGGAGACAUCCGCUACUGGAAGAUGUUCUCUUGCUGCUUUCCCACCUCUGGGGACUCUGGCUCCCAGGAACCCCAGGGGUGCCGCUUGUUCAAAUGCUGUAGGCUUUGGCUCCACCAUAAAAACCAAUGCCUCAGGGCGUUUAUCAGGAGGCACCAUAAGGUAAUACAGAGCAGCCCAGACCAGGCCACCUGUGCCAGCCAUCCUGGGCGGCCCCAUCCCCUCCUCUUCAGUUUCAGGGAAACAGGGAUGUGUGGGCAGGUCACAUCCAGGCUGGAGGACCUUGCAGGGGAGCAGGUUCCCCGGUGAUCCCUUCAGGGUCACCCUGAUGUCACGGUGGGCAGGGUGGAAACAGGAUUCCUGAGGAGCUUCUUACCCUUCCCAGAGUUACCCUGAGGCCCUGCAGCCGCCCCCCUUUGCUCUCCUUGGGGGAGGUGUGUGCCGGCUGUGCUGUGGUGGGUCUGCAAUAGAGUCAGCUGGGUGUGCGGCCCGGCCGAGGCAGCCAGACCGGGCGCUGAGGCCUCCUGCCUGGCUGCCCCGCACUGUCUUCACAGAGAUCCACACGGGACAUGGGGCUGGAGUGGGAGGAAGGGGUCAUCUGCCCCAGCGCCUCGAGGAACUGGGAAUUGCCCUGCAUGGCUAACAGAGGCCAGCGUGGGCUCAAGGCUGAAAGGGCCUCGGCCGGGAAGUGGAAUCUGAUCUUCCCAACAAAGCCCAGCCGGACCGAGCUGCUGGAGCACGAAGUCCAACAACUGCUGCCCACCUUGCUGCACAGGGACAUGAUCUCUAUUUUCAGUUUCUUAGACAACUAUGAUGAAUUUGGCAGCACCGAAGAGGUGCUGGACCUGUUUACCAAAUAUGGAUGCAUCGUAGCUGCCUGUGGUGACAACGACGCAGUCCUGCAGCAGUGGAAAAUGGCCAUCUCCUGAAUCCUGGACAUUUGGCUGGACUACUAUUGGGAGGAUUUUUGUCAGCUCCCAGAACUUCCCUCCCUGACAAAGCUGCUGGAAUUCAUGAGACAGUGCAUGCCAGGCUCAGACCUGGAGCACCGUGCCUGGCGUUACGUCAAACAAUUCAGAUGCCUCCGUGCAGCAGAGCCAGAGGCUGGGGCUUCGGCCUGAGAACAACACCCUAAACCACCUCAAGAGCCCGCCUGAGCUCCGACUGUGGGGCCUGCUGCACUGUCAGGGCUUGAGGUGAUUGAGCCAGUCCUGGCUGCUGGAGCUGAGGGCUUAGCCUGAGCCGAGGUGCCAGCUGCUGAGUCGAAGCCCCUGCAGAUAGUGGUCACUGCUCUAGUUCACUGUUCCACCCUGGAGGAGCCACCUGCACUCUUAGGAGCCCUGAAGGAUGAACAGGCGCCACCACCUGCUAUCGAGGUUGUUGAUGUGCCAGAGCAGCCACCUAACUCAAUGGAACAACUGGCUUCAGACCCCAAGCAACACCCUGAACCACCCCAAGAGCCCACCCCAGCUCCGACUGUGGGGCCUGCUGAAGCUUCAGGGCCUAAGGUGAUCGAGCUGGUCCUGGCUGCUGGAGCUGAGGGCUUGGCCCCAGCAGAGAUGCUGGCUCCUGAGUCCAAGUCAGUACACGUGGUGGUCACACCUAUGAUUCCCUGCCCCAAUGAGGAGCCAACUGCACCCUUGGCCACCCCGGAGGAGGAGUAGGCUCCGGUGCCUGCAAUUGGGGUCCCCAAAGUGCCAGAGCUGCCACCUGCCUCUGGAGCAACUGGCUUCAGCCCCUGAGCAACAAUACCCUGAACCACCUCGGGAUCCCGUUGCAGCUCUUACCACGGGGCUCAUGAUGGCUGAAGCCCAACGGAGGUUUGCCCUCCCCUGUCAUUGUGCUGUACCUAUAUUUUCUGUUUCAUAAACUUGUAUAAUGGCUUAUGAGUUUUAUUUGUAAUAAAGGAUAA